CAGCUCUUACGUCUAAAGCAAAAUGGUGUAUAAACUAUCAACAUCAGUUUUUACCCUAGUUCGCUUACCAAAACAGAAAAAUUAAUUUAAUGCUCCCUCACGCGUUUUAAACACCUAAUUUCGUAUCUUAAGGACGACCCUAGGGAUGCAGGGCCCCGACGGUAUGCAGGGGUCUUCGGAUCACCGACUGGCCUUGAUCCACGAAAUGAGUGCACAUAAUUUUGACCUUAUAAGAUUUGCUUCCUACAGGACAGCCACAAAACUUAGGUUCAUACAAAAAAAAGUCAGCUUACAUGCAGUUGAUAUAUGGAAUGUAAUAGAAGCCUUUAGAGAACAAGGGCUCCAUGCCCUUGAGCCAUCUGCAGAAUUAAGUGUGGCGCGAUUGGAGACACUAUUAUGUUCUUUGUACCAUAGUUUGAAUAAGAGAGCUCCACCGACCCAACAGGCACAUGUAGACGUCUGUUCUAGUCUGUUAUUAAAUUGGUUGCUUGCUGCUUAUGCUACUGUAGAUAACAUAGGAAAGAUAAGAGUGUUUUCUAUAAAAGUUGCUCUGGCUACACUAUGUGCUGGCAAGAUUAUGGACAAAUUGCGAUAUAUUUUCUCCCAAAUUUCUGAUAGCAAUGGGUUGUUAACACAAUGGAGAUUCAACGAAUAUUUGCAGGAAGUGUUGGCGUUACCAGCUGCUGUUUAUGAGUCUCCUACAUUUAGUUAUACCGAUACGUUAGCUUCAAGUAUCUUUAGUCCUAAUUCUAAAAUAACAGUAAAUGACUUUUUGGAUACAAUGAUGUCAGAUCCUGGACCACCUUGUUUGGUGUGGUUAUCUCUGAUGCAUAGGAUUGCCAGUGUUGAAAAUGUGGUUCAUCCUAUCCAAUGUGACAGCUGUCAACGGGAAAAUUUUACUGGGUUUCGCUAUAGGUGUCAAAAAUGUCCUCACUAUACCCUUUGUCAGGAUUGUUUUUGGAAAGGACGAACGACGCAACCUCAUAAUUUAGAUCAUCAAGUAAAAGAAUACGCUUCCUAUUCUCCUAGUAAAACUAUCGGUCAAUCCCUAAGGAAAUCGUUUCGAUGUGUUCCGGAUAAACAAAGAAAUAAUUUGCCACGAUUUCCUGAACAACCAGAAAAAACCUUGAAUUUAAGUCAUAUUGUGCCACCAUCACCAAUUCCGUCACAUAACGGAUUUCCAGAAGGCCAGUUUGCUCCUGGCUUCGAUGGAAUGGGCAGCUUAGAUAGUAGAUCCACUGCUAGAAGUCUGGAUAGUGCAAGAGAUGACGAACAUCGGCUUAUUGCGAGAUAUGCCGCGAAAUUAGCCCAAGACGCCAGGGGAGGCAUUCCCAGAGGCGCGACCUAUAGAAAAAAUUCCCUAUCUCCAGAUGCAGGUUUAAUGGGGAGAGUUCCAUCAGAAACUUGUUUAGGAAUGGACUCCACUAGAGCUCAGCGUGAACUCAUUAGCCAAUUGGAAGCAAAAAAUCGAGAAAUUAUGAAAGAAAUUGCUAGGUUAAGAAGACAGCAGGAAUUAGAAAGCCAUAAUGCCGAAAAUCCCGUUUUGAUGAGCGAAUUGCGGGCAUUGCGGAUGCGCAAAGAUGAACUGGAAACCCACCUUCUUACACUACAAGAUUCAAGAAGACAACUUAUGAUACAGCUGGAAGGGUUGAUGAAGAUGCUGAAGAAUCAUCAAUCUUCACCGCGUAGCACCCCAAACUCCUCACCCCGCAGCACCAAGUCUCCACCCUUGCCACCAGGAGUAACGGCCGCUGUACCUACUUCGCAACCACCUUCUUCACAGCCCCCACCAGUCAAUCCUAGGAGCGCUCCUCAAACACCCAUGGGAGGAAUGCCGCCUUCUAAUUCGAAUACUAACAUCGUUUCCAAUUCUUCUAUAAUUUCGAUGCAAAUGGGGGAGAGGGAGCGGAUGGAGCAGAGGGAUAGAGAGAGAAUGUUGGAACGUGAACGCCGGGACAUUCCACUGGGCUUAAACCAACAAGUAGCAGGAGGAAUAGUGGGUGGACCUAGACCUGUUGAUCAAUCAAUGGAACGACAGAAUAUAAACAACGAUGCAUCUACUCUAAUGGGUGAUGUACGGAAUGCGUUUGUGGCAGCUAGCGGAGCAAAUCGAGAGAACAAUAUGGGUUCAAACGGAAACGGAACUCCGUCGGGAUCGAUGGGCCGUUCUCUAAGAAAUGAUUUAUUAGUUGCUGCCGAUUCGGUCACCAAUGCAAUGUCUACUUUAGUCCGGGAGCUAAAUUCAGGUACGCAUAGGUAAACUUGGCUACCGCGCAAACACAAUAAUUGUGACUUUACAAGUGACUAUUGUUUAAGUGUAACUUCUGGUGUUGAUGUUGUUAUAAAUUAUUAUUGUGCUUAUAUUAUAUUAAAUAUAAUAUGCGUAAAGUUUAAAGCGCGGCUACACUAAACUUACGUGCCUCACUACUCAAAUGAUAUUUGUUUAUUUUUGUUGUAGAUUUUUCUAUUUUUUUUACUCCUUUGUUAGCUCGAUUAUUUAUUUUAUUUUUAUAUGUAUUAAAGGAUUUAUUUUUGUUUUA